UUCGGGAAAAAAAAUCGUAACGCCGUCUAUGAACAACGUUAGCAAUGAGUCAGAAUUUUGUUUUUUCCUUUUCUUGUUUUUUCUUUUCUAAAAUCAAGUUUUUUACAAUCAAGUUGGAUAAAAUCGUGAAAGUUUCAUCGAUCAACACAGCGAUGCAAACUGUGUCAUUUAAAGAAGAUAAAGUCAAAAUUAUCGGCUCACAUCGUGGAAAGCUAUCAUCGUUUAAAAUAAAAGGGACAGCGGCAUCGAAAUACGAAUUUUCCGUUCGAUUUGAUGAAAUACUGAGCAAAAUUCCUCAUCAUUUGCAACCGGGUACUGUUGCAUUUACAUUGUAUUCUAAUGCCAAAGACUUUGCAAUUAUUUGUCAUCGUCAUACAAUGACAAAAAAUUAUGGCCAAGUAAUUGUCGAUUCCUAUUCAUCAAUAAAAGAUGUCACAAUUACUCCGAAAUUUCAUAAUAUUUUACAUUACUGGCAGGAUGCGGCAAAAUUUGGGCCUAUAUAUCGGAACUCCUCAUACAAAUAUGAGCGUGUUCAUCAAAAUAAUAAGCGUGUUCAAUCGCCUCAUCAAAAAAUUUGA